AUGUGGCAUGGACUUACUUCAACGUCCUCGUGUGGCGUAACAGCUCUUAUGGGUCCAGAAGCUUUGGAUCAGGACAAACGCUCCAAAUUGAAGGCCGUCAAGCCCGAUGGCGAAUCAUGCGGUAGCAAUCUCAAGUUGUAUGCCGCCUAUUUGGCGCCUACUGGAUCACGGUGCCUGUUGAGUCUUCAGGACGCCAAGUCAGUCCAAGGAUGUCACGUUGUGCCGCGAAGGACCGACGACGAUACGUGUGCGAGAGUGGCGGCGUGGUGGGGGCUUGAUGAGUUCGACGUCGACUCCCCUUUCAAUAUCUUCUUAUGGCAUCUCAUGUUCGUGCCUGAGCCUCAUAUUGUCAAAGAUCAUCUCGCACGAUCUAUUGUCCCCAUAGGUGGUGCCUCGUCGCUAGCCGAGCUAUUUGCAGCGUCCGAUGUCCCCGUCUACAGAUAUUGUGUCGUUGCCCAUCGCGACCUUCCCGAGACAGAGGAGAGCGCUGCGUUUCCGAGGGAUAUCAAGAUCUUGGGCUAUGUGGAAUCCCCAAUUCCUCCCCAGCUCGUUAUAUACAAAUGGGGGAUGCCUUCUACAAGCGCCACGGAGUCGAUUAUGAAGCGAUCGAAGUUCUUCGUAAUAUGCUGGCUCUCUUCAAACGAUACACAACCAAAAAUCCGGCCGGCGAAAUUUCGCGUCUCACUACCUAAAGUGACCUUUCGCUCUAGCUGUCUUAAUCGGCAGAACCAAGAAAUCCACGUGUUUCUCAGUCGAAGCUGGCCCGAGAACAGUACUGAUGUGCAAGGCCCGGCCCGGCCCGGCCUGAAAGCCGGGGCUACGGCCUGGCUUGAGGCGGCUUGGGCUUGCCAAAAUCUCAGGCCGGGCCUUGAUAGACGGCUCAGGCUUGGCCCGGCCCGGCUCAAGCUCAGGCCGCGGCUUGUUAGCAAGGAAACCACCUUGAAGAAGCUCGAUCUCAGUGGUAGGUAA